AUGACAAAUUUCUCUUAUGUGACAUCUUUUUAUCUAUCUGAUUACAAUGGAAUGAAAGACCUGAAGCCAAUUUAUUUUUGCAUCUUCCUGAUUAUUUAUAUAACCAUUGUUGCUGAAAAUGUUCUGUUAAUAGGAGUGGUAUAUUGUGAAAAAACUCUGCAUGAGCCCAUGUAUUUGUUACUGUGUAACCUGGCUGUGAAUGGUCUGUAUGGAGGCACUGCUUUAAUGCCAGCAGUACUGAGCAACCUGCUGUCACAAUCAUUUGAGAUAUCUCUACCAUUUUGUCAGACACAGAUCUAUGCUUUACACACAUAUGCCUUCAUUGAAUUCACAAUUCUAGCAGCGAUGAGUUAUGAUAGGUAUGUAGCCAUUUGUCAUCCACUGCUUUAUUAUGAAAUCAUGUCACAGAAAGUUGUAAAACUUAUUGUCUUUACGUGGCUUUACCCCAUGCUGGCAUUUCUCAUUGUUUUCAUUUUCACUCUUCAGCUUCAGUUUUGCGAAAGAACUAUUGAAAAGGUGUACUGUUUCAGUUACAUUCUGGUGAAACUUGCCUGUACAGAUACAUCUAUUGUUAACAUAGUUGGCCUACUAUCUGUAGCUAUAUAUACACUUCCACAGCUGGCCAUGAUCUGUUAUUCAUACGCACAUAUCCUGAGGAUAUGUGUAAGGUCAUUCAGCAAAUCCAAGGCCAAAGCCCUCCGGACCUGCACCCCUCACCUACUAGCAGUAAUAAACUACUCCAUCGGGUGCUUUUUUGAAAUAGCACAAAGUCGAUUCAACAUUAGUCACUUGCCCUACCCAACCAAGUUGUUUUUAUCUCUGUACUUUUUGAUUUUCCCACCCAUUCUUAAUCCAGCAGUCUAUGGUUUGAGCAUUAAAGUCAUAAGGGUACAACUGUUUAGGCUUUUCAACAGAAAAAGCAGGCAAGUAACAAAUAAUGUAGCCAAGAGGGCUGUUUUUAUUGCACAUUCAAAGUGA